AUGGGUGUUAUGGACUUGCCAUCGUUUGCCAUUGGUCGUCAAAAUCCGAGUCUGGGAUUUUGGCGACAGUACUGUCGCGAUCGUGCCGAGCAUGCUUCUAACGAAGUAGAAGUCGUUAGUGGACUACCUAGGUCUUUAUUGGAUAUCUUCUCCUGUAUCGGGGAGGGUGGUGCAACAGAGGAAGAUUUCUGGGACUGGCCAGGUGCUCAGGGCACUUUGAUUCAAUGCCAGCUGUGGGAGGCCUAUCGACUAUCUGGUCUCCUUACUAUACGACAUGACCAAUUAAAUUUGAACAGGACCUCGCCCGGACAACUAGAACAACGAGCUCUGUCCCGAACAAGAGUUCUUCCGCAGACGAAUGUCAUUGUGCUGCGUAUUCUCAGUAACCUGGAUGCUGUUUCUCGUGGGUCGACUGAGCCGAACGGAAAGGACUCCCUGGUCCUUAAUGCUAUUCACUAUCCUGUUUUUGUUGUGGGCUUACAGGCCGACAUUCUAAAUGGAGACCCAGGCUUGAAAGAAGUCAUUCGACGUUGCUUUGCGCUUGGUGAUCGUCAUGCCGAAGUGGGUAAACACGGUCAGAUAUUGUUGGAGCUCCUCGAAGACUGGUGGCAAUCUGGCCAUGAGAUGGGUAGCGUGCACCAACUUGCUCAGUCCAAGGGGCUGGAACUGGGACUACUCUGA